GAAAGUUUGUAUGGUUUAUGGACUUGGAUGCAACGUAACACGUGUUGGGUCGAGUACGUUUAUUUAAAGAGGGAGAGGACGUAGUGGUUUUGCCAGAAAUACGAGUUUUUUUUCCACAUUAAUUCGUAAGAUCAGUUUUAGAAAGAAGAAUUUAAAUGCAAGAAAAAGGAAGACAGUAAAAUUAUUCCGUUUAUAAUUCAAAAAAGAAAACAUAGAUCUUGAAACAUUUAAACGUUGUAGCGUUGCAAAAGGGCUCUAUGUACUCCAUAUCGUCUUCCUCGAAUGGUACUUUAGUUUACAAAAAUAUUGUGUCAGUUUAUCAGAAGAGGAACAAGUCAGGAAUUUAUAAGUUUAUCAACCAAUACUGUUAUCAUGCGCAACGAAAUUACAGCAGCAGUACUAUUCUUAGUACAGCUGAUAGAAAAAAACGAAAAAUUUAGUCCCGAUCAAUUGGAAUGUUUCAAACGACAUUUAGUUGAAUUGUUGACGGAACGUUUUAAAAAUCAUUGGUUUCCUGAUAAGCCUUUCAAAGGUCAAGGUUAUCGUUGCAUACGUGUGAAUGGGCAUAAUAGAAGGGACGCGACCUUGGAGAGUGCAGCAAAUGCUGCUGGAGUGAAGUACGAAGAUUUGUCUCUACCAGUAGAGCUUACACUUUGGGUUGAUCCUAAUGAAGUUUGUUGUCGUUUUGGAGAAAGUAAGGGAUCAUAUUGCACAUUGGCAUCAUUUGAUGAUAAAGAAAAUACUGUACCAAUUUUUCAAAGAGAUAAUCAUGCAGAGAAAGAAAAUAAACAAUCUGAGAGGCAGACAAAAAUGCUGAAAACCCCACUGGUACCUACUAUGGAAGAACAACAUGAAGUAAAACCUUUAAGCUCUGCAAAUCAAAAUCAACAUCAUAAUAGUACUGGUACAGGUAGGAGGCGCAAUUUGAACAGUCCCAGACUCCAUGUUAACAGAAAUCGUACUUGGUUUGGUCACUCCUUUGGCAUGGGCUAUGGACCUCAUCCGAUCACUCAACCAUGGUAUAAUAUCGUGCCACCUCAUUUUUUGAGCGGUCCAUCUCCACCUCCCUUCAUGGGCCAUCGGGGAAACAAAUGGAUUCCUCCUUCUUAUCCUGCUGGCCCAACCCGUUUUCAUCACUGGUCUCCAAAAGCUACUCUUAAAGUAUAAACAAAUUCGAUGCAGGUAUAAAUAAGAAAUCUGUUCCUUUAUUAUUAUUAUUACUAUUAUUAUUAUUAUUAUUAUUAUUAUUAUUAUUAUUAUUAUUAUUAAUAUUAUUAAUAUUAUUAUUAUUAUUAUUAUUAUUAUUAUUCCUUUUUUUUUUUUUUUGAACUAUGGACAAUGGUAAUUUCUUUUUUGUAUUUUUCAUUCUAUUUUAUCUUUGUAAUUGUGUAGUAUUUUAACUGCCAUUUCUUAUGUAUUAAAGCAUAUAUCUAUGGGGCUAAUCUAAUUAUAUUUUUAUUAAUCAUUAGGAACAGAUUUCUUUAUUUAUCGGUGAUGAAAAUGAUUCAUUCUGUAAUUACAAAUGACCUUGUUCAAAUCGCGACUAAGGCUUACGAUUUUUUAUGACAAGAGAUGUUGUAUUAUUACAUGUUUAUAUACAUAUAAUUAAUCCAAAUAAUAGAUAUUUAACUCCGGAUGCAAGGUUGCUUGUAAAACACUAGUCUAUUGGGGAUAUAAAUAGAAUGUAUUAGUUUGUAUUCAUAUGAAAAGAGGCAAUGAAAUUUGGAAAGCCGUUUGCGACAAUUUCUUAUCAGAUUGGUUUUUAAAAAGAACUUUUUUAUGUGAAACAUAGAGUAAGUAAUCUCUCUAUAUACGAAGCAGUAUUGAUUUGUGUAUAUGUAUUUGAAAGGAAUGGCAAGUCAUAGAUAAAUUAUUCGUGCAAUUUAUUACACAGCGCGGUUCAGUUCCUUUUACAGCCUGUCUCUUUUCUUUAUGCUGAUCAUGAACAUUGCGUCAUAUAAAUUUGAAAUAUCAAACGUAAAGAAAGGAAUUUUCUUUUUAUUCUCUUUAUUUUCAAAAACUAUAUUGGAUUAACAAUAACAGUGAUUUAAAUAGAAUCCUCUGAACAUUAUAGAAGCAUGUAUUUGAAAUAUUGUUUUAAAAUGUAUAAUAUGUACACAUAUUUGAACGUAUGUGUGCAUAUGCACAUUUUUGUUUUUAAAGUGAAGAAAGUAAUUUGAUUUUAUUAAGUAAAAGUACAAUGAUAUUACGAUUCCUUUUUUUUCUCUUUUUUUUUUUUUUUUUUUUUUCUUUUCUUUUUCUCUCAAUAUUAUUUAAUUAGAAAUAUUAUUAAUUGUUCCAGAAAAUGACAUUAUUAUACAGGCACCUUCAUUAGAAUUUCUGUUUUAUGUUAAUAGUACUGCACGAAUAUUAUGCCUGUCGUAUAUGAUUAUAAGAAAUCAAUAUCUCUUAUUUUAUAUAUGGUCCUUUGGUAUAAAAGAAUUAAGUCUCUUUUUCAUUAAUCUGUAAUUUAUAAAUGUGCAUUAAUUAUAUUAAUAUAUUAAUAUUUUACUGAAAAUUAUAAUAUUAAUGCAAUGUCAGAUUAAUACCAAUGUAAUGUACAUUUAAUCGUGUAUAUUGUAGACAAUUUAUCACGAGUUAGUAUCUUAUAGUUAUAUAAGCUAUAUAUUUGCUUUAUCUGCCAAUGCAAACAGUGGUAUAAUAUACCUAGUAUCGAUAAAUAUUUUAGUAUCACAAAUAUUUAAGAAGUGCAAUAUUUUUUUAGUUGACAAUUGGAUACAAUUGUUGAUAAUAGCUGUCAGAAUCUAUUCACGAUGUAAAUCAUAUGUUUGUAUUUCUCUGUCUAUUUUUAUUAUUCAGGUUUCAGUAUAAUUUUCUUUGAUUACAAAUUUAUAGAAAUAAUUAAUAUUUUCUCUCUCUCUCUCUCUCUCUCUCUCUCUCUCUCUCUCUCUUUCUCUCUUAUUUUUUUAUUUUAUUUUAUUUUUUUUCUUGUUUUAUUUUUUUUUUCCUCACUAACUUAGGCACAAACCAGAUUACUAUCGUUGCAGUAUAAAAUCAAAUUUAUCAUUUAACUAUAAAUAAAUGGAUUGCUCUUUAAAAUUUUAUAUUGAAAAAUAUUAUAGUUUUGCUAUUUCCAUGUUAUUUAUAAUUAAAUGCAUGUGUAAUUGCUCUAGCAUAGGUAAUGUUUGUGUUCACUUUGUUAAAUCUUAUAUUCAGAUGAGUUAUUUUAAUGUUAAAGUGCAAAGGGUGUUAAAGGUCUAUAUAAAUGCAAAUAUGAAAUGUUUAUGUAGUAUUAAGCAAUGUUGCAUUCGGACGUGUUCUUUGUGUGAGUGUAUGUGUAGUUGGCGCGCGCGUUGCGCAUCGUGCGCGCAUUACAUACCGAUGAUGUAUGUAUGCAUGUGUAUAUAUAUAUAAAAUGUGUGUAACGAACGAUAUGACGAAAUAAUUCGAACUUUUCUAUCAAAAUUACAAUAAUCAUUUUUGCCCGAAUUAAGCGCGCUUUAUACGUUCUAUAUAUAAUAUUUAUAUGUAUAUUUUAAAACGACUGAUAUAUUCGAUCGGAUUUUCAAUGAAAAACAGAAAGUAAAAAAAUGAAAGAAAAAGAAAAAUAAAACAAAAACAAAAACAAAAACAAAAACAAAAACAAAAAAAAAAGAAAAGAAAAGAAAAGAAAAAAAAAUUUCAUUUGUUACAAAGAAGAGAUCUCUAUUUGUUGAAACAUUUAUCUACAAAUAAUCGUCGUAAUUGAAAAUUAAUCGUUUAAUUUAAUAAUGGCAUUGUUGCCACUUUUAUUUUUCUUUAAUUUUAAUCUAAAGAAAGAAAUUUCGAUCGAAAUAAAAAAGAGAGUAAGAGAAGAAGAAAGAAAGAAAGAAAGAAAGAAAGAAAGAAAAAAAAACGAAACAAAACAAAUAAAAGCAUUUCUUUUAGCACAUCAGCAUUUUUAUAUAUUAUAUAUUCGAAUGAAGAAAUAUUUAAAUACAUAAUCGGGCAAAAUACGAUUUGAUUACACGAACGAAUGUUACAAAGAUAAAGCUUUAAAAUUAUUCCGUUUCUAAUCUUAUAUAAUGCGUAUACUCGAGCUUAAUUUCAUUGAAAAUGUGUGUACGUUCGUGAGUAAUAAGAGAGGAAGAAGAAAAAGAAAAAGGAAAAAAAAAAAAAAGAAACCAAGAAAAUUGUGAAAGAAGAAAAUUUAAACGAAAUGAAAAAGAAAAACGAACAAAAGGAAAUCAAACGAGGAAAGUAGUAACAAAAGAAGAAAAACUGACUGCGACGGAUACUGUCGCGCCGAAGCUUACGCCAUUUUUCUUUUUUUUCUGCGAAUUAACCGAAGCGUUGAAAAUUAUUCGACAAAUAAUUGUUAGAAAACGUAUCUCAUACGUAAACAUUGCGUGCGUCUCUUUUCUUUUAUUUUACACUAUAUAUAUAUACAUAUAUAUAUAUAUAUACACACAUAUAUAUAUAUAUACAUAUAUAUAUAUAUGUGUGUACGUUGUAAUAUUUUUUGUUUGUUUGUUUAUAAUCACAAUAAAUGAUAAUAAUAACGACUACGACGACGACGACGACGACAAUGAGGAUUAACGAUAACGAUAACGAUAACGAUAACGAUAACGAUAACGAUGUUAUAAUUUAAUUUUGUAUUCAGUACCAGUUCUUGCAUUUUGUUUAUGAUUUUGAUGAGGAAGAAAAAAAAGGGAUGAAAAAAGAGGAAAAAAAAAGAAGAAGAAGAAGAAAGAAAGAAACCCAUACACA